AUGAUUCCUCCUGAUAACCUAAUGCCAAAAAAUUUCUAUGACACUAAGAAGUUAAUGCAGGGAAUGAACAUGCCAGUAGAAAAAAUUCACAGUUGUAUCAAUGCCUGUAUGAUUUAUUGGGGAGAAGACAGUGAACUUAGUCAUUGCAAGUUUUGUCGUCAUCCCAGGUACAAGCCUACUAGGCAAAUAUCUAAUUCAAAGAAAAAUCUUGUACCAUUCAAACAGAUGUACUACUUUCCCCUCACUCCACGGUUGCAACGCUUAUAUGCUUCCGACAUGACUGUUGCACAUAUGCGAUGGCAUGCCGAGCAUGAAGUUGAGGAAGGUGUGAUGCGUCAUUGUUCAGAUGCACCCGCAUGGAAACACUUUGAUAAGAUGCAUCCAUCUUUUGCAGCUGAAAGUCGUAAUGUCAGAUUGGGGCUAUGCACAGAUGGUUUUCAACCAUUUGGACAAACAUGUCAACAAUAUUCAUCUUGGCCAAUAGUUAUGACACCAUACAACUUGCCGCCUUGGAUGUGUAUGAAAGAGUCCUAUUUAUUUUUGUCAGUUAUAGUUCUUGGGCCGAAGAACCCUAAGCAGAAACUUGAUGUUUUCUUGCAACCUUUGAUUGCAGAACUAAAAAAUCUAUGGAGUAUAGGUGUGGACACAUAUGAUAUCUCUAAGAAGCAAAAUUUUAACAUGCGAGUUGCUUUGAUGUGGACAAUUAGUGAUUUUCCUGCAUAUUCGAUGUUGUCUGGAUGGGGUACUGUGGGUAGGCUAGCAUGUCCAUAUUAUAUGGAGAAUACAGAUGCUUUUACUUUGACAAAAGGUGGCAAACAGUCCUGGUUUGACAAUCAUCGUAAGUUCCUUCCACUGGAUCAUCCAUACAGAACUAAUAGAAAUUCAUUUAGAAAGAAUAAAGUAGUCACAAUGCAUCCUCCCCCGAUACGGUCAGGUGAUGAUAUAUUGAGGGAGAUAAAUGAAUUGGGGUUGAAAAAGGUAACAGAGCUUGGGACUGAUAUUGUUAAUGGCAAAAUUAGCAAGUUUUCUGGUUGGAAGAAAAGAAGCAUAUUUUGGGAUUUGCAGUAUUGGAGUACAAAUCUCAUUCGACACAAUCUAGAUGUUAUGCACAUCGAGAAAUUUUUUUUCGAGAAUAUGUUCAACACAGUGCUAGAUGUAGAUGGUAAAACAAAAGAUAAUCCCAAAUCUAGAGAAGACUUGAAAGAGUUCUGUCGACGGCCUGAAUUACAUGCUGUUGGUGACGAAUAUCCGAAAGCUUGUUACACACUAGACAAUAAGUCAAAAAAAGUGUUGUGUGAAUGGGUGGAGAAUCUGAAAUUUCCAGAUGGAUAUGUCUCAAAUAUAGGAAGGGAUCUCACUUCCACAACAAUUCGGGAAGAGGAUAUGGUCAGACUUGAACAAGAAAUACCUGAAAUACUUUGUAAAUUGGAGCGUAUAUUCCCUCCCAGCUUCUUUGAUUCAAUGGAACAUCUCCCCGUGCAUCUUGCUUACAAAGCAAGGAUAGCAGGUCCAGUGCAAUAUCGAUGGAUGUACCUAUUUGAGAGAAACCUUCGGAAAUUGAAAAAUAAUGUUCGAAAUAAGGCACAAGUUGAAGGAUCCAUAUGCAAUGAGUAUUUAGUUGAGGAAGCUUCAUCGUUUUGUUCACACUACUUCGAACCUUAUGUUUACACAAGGCAUAGGAAAGUUCCACGGAAUGAUGAUGGUGGUACAAGGGAAAGGGAUGAGCGCGAUGGUAAUCUUUCUAUAUUUACCUAUCCAGGUAAAGCAUUUGGGAGAUGUAAACCAAGAUAUAUGACUGAAGAAGAACUUGAUGCAGCUCAUAUUUAUGUUUUAUUAAAUUGCCCAGAAGCACGAGUCCACAUAGAUAAUCAGUUCAUCAAGGCCCUUGCAGAAGGUCCAUGUCAAACAACGCAACCAUGGACCGGUUAUAUUGUCAACGACUUUAAAUUUCACACUAAAAGCCGCAGUUCUUCUAGAGCAUCUAACAACAGCGGUGUAUGCAUAAAAGGAACUAAUUAUAGUGCAGAUGAUAGUGACUACUAUGGUGUGCUAACUGAUAUCCUUGAAUUGGAGUACAAGGGUAGUGAAUAUAUAAAGAGAACUGUUUUAUUCAAGUGCGAGUGGUUUGAUCCCACACCAAAGGCAGGAAUGAAGAUUUACCCACAAUAUAAACUUGUGGAUAUCAACCAUGAAAAGAAAUUAAAGAAGUAUGAACCAUUUGUUUUGGCAAUGCAAGCGGCUCAAGUGUAUUAUACAGCUUAUCCUAGCUUACGACGUGAUAAGAGUGACUGGUGGACUGUGUGCAAAGUAAAAGCACAGGGUAUUGUGGACAUGCCUCCAUCAUCUUCACAGUCAACUCCGACAGAUGGUGUUGAGCCUUUCCAAUCCGAAGAAGAUGGUUUAACAUUUGGUGUGGUACCUGACAAUGAAACUGUUCUCCUGAAUGAUCCAAAUGGUGAAUUCAUAAACAUAAGUGAUGAGGAUGAUGAUUUAGAUGAUGAGGUAGAACUUCAUGUUGAAUUUGGAUCGGAUGAAGAUGAGGAUGAGGAUAAUGAGGAUGAAGCGCCAUAUGAUGAAAAUGACAGUGAAUAG